CGAAUGGUGAAUACUCUUUCUGUAGAGAAUGAGGCCCAAACAAACCAUAGAAGCAUUACAAACUGAGCUGCAAAAAACAAAAGAGAAGUUAAAAGCUGUUGAAGAAUUGAAGAAUCAAUCAGGUGAAGCUGGAAGAUUGGUAGAUAACUACAUAUCAGAUAAGCUAACACAAUUGAAAGAACAGAUUGCUACUCUUGAGAAAAGAGAAGAAAGAUACAAAACAGUGUUUGCAGACAGAAUUUCAGUUUUCAGGAGGGCAUGCUGUGAACUUUUUGGUUACAAGAUUGUGAUGGACGAACACCAGCGGUCAAAUGGAAUCCCGGUGACUCGAUUUACCCUGCAAUCAAUUUAUGCUCAAAGUGAUGAAGAGAAACUUGAAUUUGAAUACGAGUCAGGGAAUACCAACAUUUUGGCAAACGAUUACACAUCACAGCCUGAUAUAUCCCGUCAGGUUGAGAUAUUUGUUCGGAAGAUGAACUCAAUUCCUGCUUUCACUGCCAACUUAACGGUGGAAUCAUUCAAUAGAAGAACUUUGUCUUAGAUGCAAUGAACUUUACAGUCUACUGUCCUUAUAAUAUAAAAUUUCUAUAGCCAAUUAUUUGUAUCCUUGACUUCUGGAUUUUGGUGAACUAGUAUAGCGAUUCAGCCAUUGAGAGGACCCAAUUUUAUUUGGAUUGGGAAUUGGUGCGUGAUGGAUAUAUUGGUUGUUUUUCUGCCAUAAUUUGUAAAUAUGGUACAAGUUUGUGUUGGCAAAAGGG